UUCAGAAUUUCCAAGCUUUGUUACGACUGCAGAGCCAUGUAUUCAGCUUUCCUUUCGGCUUCUACCAAAUCUGGCCUGUGGCCGAGACAAACAAACAUUUUUAAUAAGGUAUAAACAGCAAAAUGAUAUUCAAUGUCACCUGCUAAAAUUAAUUUUUUUUUGAAAUGAAAAUCUACUCGCCUUAAUAAGAGAUGGCUUCAAAAUUUGAUAUCCCUUUUCUAUAGGUCCUUUUGUACUUUUUGUGCUUGAAUACUGAUUAGUUGAGGUAAAACUUAACGAUCAUAACGGGGGAAAAUCCACGCUUUUGGACUUUUAAUUGCAUAAUCGAGCGACAAAAAGUCACGGUUAUAAAAAUUAUUAUUACCUAAGCACGCUAACCUGGAUAAAAAAGAAAAGAAAAAAAGAAAGAAAGAAAAAAAGAAAAAGAAAAAAACGAAAAACGGAGCUUUUUAAUCAAUGACAAUUGAAUGGAAAUGAAAGGACUUAAAUUCAUUUCAAAUGAAAUCUGCAAUUAGCUGGUGUUUAUAAUAUAUGUGCUCAAAUACAAGAAACAUAACCAUAGGAACCGCAAGGGCCAGUAAGCACCGUCAUUGGUAGAACAUUUGUCAUCUUCGUGUUAAUUCGGACAAGAAAUUCCGCCCCGACUGAAUUUCAACUUUGACUCGUAAGGUGAUUUAGUACAUGCAUGGAUGUUUGUCAAAGAUGGUAUAUAGUCGCCCUAAACUCACCGUUGAGAUAAAGAUUUGAAACACAGAAAGGUUUAACCACUCUUAUCUGUGGACCGAGAAAACGUGUUGCACUGUCAACAGAAUAAGAAAAUCCUUUGAUAUCAACUGAGUGGGCAUCGUUUCAGCUGCGCUACGAAUUGUCGUGUCCGAUUCAGGUCAUUUAUAUCAAGAUAAAAGGCUAGCUCUCGAACUGUAGUAUCCUCAAAACCACGAAACGCAGAACAACAACUGUUUGAGCAUAUGAACGUAACAUAAAGAGAUUAAGAUGAACAGUACAUGGGACAGCCUGAGCAGACUUGAUUACGAACUCAAAUCAAGAACGACCGCCCUCAAGGUUUUUGAGAGCACCGUUUAUUCUUUUUUCUUUUUUAGUGCAGUUGUUGGAAACCUACUUACAAUAUAUGUGGUCUGGAAAUCUAAAUCACUGCGGACCAUACCCAAUGUCUUUGUAGUUUCUCUAGCAUUGUCGGAUCUUGGUAUGGGAAUUCUCUCGAUGCAUUUACUCCUCACAGUUCUCAUCACUUCCGAAUGGACCUUUGGGGACAUGGUGUGUCAGUAUCAAGGCUUCGUCUCGGUUUUAAUGGCAGCAACCUCGACCCAAACCUUGGCUUGGAUGGCAGUGAAUCGAUUCUACAGUGUCGUUAAACCCCAAAAAUAUCGAACGCGUUUCACUCGCAGAAACACAAUUUUCAUUACAGCAUCGAUAUGGAGUCUCUCCUUAUUUGCACCAAUUCCCUAUCUUGCCUCCGGACAGCGAUUUCUGUUCAAUCCUGGCAAAUUAUUUUGUUACGUAGUGGUUGAUUCUGGUUGGUUUACGGUGUUCCUUGUUACAAUCUUCGUUGCCUUUCCUUCCAGCGUCAUAUUCUUCUGUUACGUGCGCGUGUUUCAAGCCGUUCAACAACACAACAAGAAAGUCCUCCAUUCUAGAGAGAAGACUCUUAGUGUACAAGAUAUUAAAAUUGCACGAACGCUGUUUGUAAUCGUGGUUGUUUUCAUGAUAUGUUGGACUCCUGUCUUGAUAAUGGACUUUAUCGAUACGAUACGCGGAGACUACAGCCUUCCUCGAGGGGCCUAUACUUGUUACACUUUUCUUGCAACAUUUAGCAGUUCCAUUAACCCAGUCAUAUAUGGAAUCAUGAAUCCUAAAUUUAGGAAAGAAUAUCUACGAGUUCUGCUAUGCAAAGCGAUUCGGGGCGUACAAGUAGAGACAACAGCUGUGAGUGCUGCACAGCGCACAAAAGAAUUGGUAUCCAGUCGAUCAUUAGGUCUGAUGAUAUUUGAAAUCACUUCGUUUGCUGUUCUACAAUUCAUGACCAUCACAGGCAACGCUUUAACAAUGUACAUCAUCUGGAAAGCACCAAAACUUCGCUCAACCUCAAAUUAUUUUAUAGCUUGCCUCGCUAUUUCUGACCUAGGAAUGGGCAUUCUUUCAGAACAUUUGUUGCUUGCAACACUAAUAGUAUCAAGAUGGCCGUUUAACGAAGCGGUCUGCCAGUAUCAAGGAAUUGUUGCCAUAACAAUGGCUGCUGCGUCAACUCAAACACUCGCCUGGACAGCCUUGAAUCGUUACUUUAAAAUCGUGAAAACAAAAUAUUACACUAAGGUUUUUACCAAGUGGAAGCUGAUUGCGAUUCUGUCAUUUACCUGGAUCUCUUCGAUCCUAGCGAACUGCCCGUACCUUUUAGCUGGAUACAAGUUCGUUUUCCACCCAGGAAAGUUCUUCUGUUACUUGACGUUAGAUGUGACUUGGUUUACUGCUUUUUUGGUUUCCAUUUAUGUGGGAAUUCCCUCAGCUGUCAUCGUGUUUUGCUAUUUCAAAGUAUUUCAGACUGUCAGAAGACAUAAUUCUAACAUCUCGAAAACCAGAGCAACAGGUGUCCUGAGUGUUGAGGAACUGAAAGUCACUCGUACUCUUUUCCUAAUCGUGGUUGUGUUUAUGGGCUGUUGGACACCGAUACUGAUUAUGGACUUGAUUGAUACUGUCCGUGGAAGAUGGUCUCUAUCCCGUUCAGCAUACGCUGCCUACACCUUCCUUGGGACAAUGAGCUCUGCUGUAAAUCCUUUGAUAUAUGCAUUUGGUAAUCAUGCUUUUAAAGAGGAAUAUAGGAAAGUUUUAAACUUUUCAUGGGGGUCGGUAAGGAAGAUGUUUUGCUGGGUUAGGAACGGAGCACAUGUUGGUAGUGUAAGAUCUUUAGCAAUUGAACAACCAAGACAUGUCRACGUUAACAAAAACAUUUCAAUUAAAGUCCAAAAACGAAAGAUCAGAUUGGAAACAACAAUGAACAAGUCCCUGGAUGCACUUGAGAGGUUUUCCAUCGAGUUUCAAAAUCGACCAUUGGGUCUGGUGAUAUUUGAAAGCAUGGCAUUUGCUGUUCUCUACUUUAUUGCCAUCACUGGACAUACAUUAACCUUGUACGCUAUCUGGAAGUCACCAAAGCUUCGUACGAUUUCCAAUUAUUUUGUAGCUUGUCUUUCUAUUUCCGACCUAGGAAUGGCCAUUCUUGUCAUGCAUCUAGUUCUUGCGACACUAAUAAUGUCUAGAUGGCCGUUCAAUGAAGCGAUCUGUCAAUAUCAAGGAAUCGUAAUCAUUACAAUGGCGGCUACGUCCAUUCAGACACUUGCUUGGACAGCUGUAAACCGUUACUUUAGAGUAGUGGAUACGUCGAGCUACUUCAAAGUAUUCACCAAGAAAAACACUGUUUUAAUGAUGAUAUUUAUUUGGAUAUCUUCGGCGUUGGCAACUUCUCCUUAUCUUUUUUCGGGAAAAAAAUUUGUAUUCCAUCCAGGUAAGUUCUUUUGCUACAUGGAUCUUGAAAUCAAAUGGUUUACGGCUGUCCUAGUGAUAAUGUACGUAGGAAUUCCCUCAUCGGUCGUCGUGAUUUGCUAUUUCAAAGUAUUUCAGACUGUCAGAAGACAUGAGUCCAACAUAUCGAAAACCAGAGCAACAGGUGCCCUGAGUGUUGAAGAACUAAAAGUCACUCGUACUCUUUUCAUAACCGUGGUUGUGUUUAUUGGCUGUUGGACACCGAUACUGAUUAUGGACUUGAUUGAUACUGUCCGUGGAAGAUGGUCUCUAUCCCGUUCAGCAUACGCAGCCUAUACCUUCCUUGGGACGAUGAGCUCUGCCGUCAAUCCUUUUAUUUAUGGCCUCAAUAAUCCAAGGUUUAGGAAAGAGUACCUUAGAAUUCUGUUGCGUCGACCGCCAGAACUUAGCGUGAACGUGCCCUCCUACCUUAAGAGACAAAUGAGCCUGAUUAAUCGAAAAACAUCUGCAACGGCACAUUUGACUAGUGCCGCGCGCAGACUCCGAAAUGAUGAAAGCUGUCGAGGAAGUUCCGGCCGAAUAUAAAAAAGACUUCUAARAAUAAUUUUAAAGAAUUAUUUGCCGAAGACGAAUUGAAUAUCGGGAAGAUCGGGUGGAACAUAGUACAAUGGCUGGUCAAGUAGACUUGCAAAUCCAAUUGCUCUAACCUCCUCCGCAGGCAUCUCCUUGGCUAUUUUUGCUUCUUGGGCUUCCUGUGGCAAAAAGACAGAGGGGGAAGGGGGAGGAGAGUGCGAAAUAGAAGAAGAAGAGGUGCCUGCCAAAAAUGAACAACUAGCUGAAAUUUCGCGCAUGUUGAUUGCGCAUACCAAAAGAUCCUAAGUAUGAGAGGGUUGGGUGGAUCUGUUCGAAGAAAAUAAUAUAAGGGGCGAUGUAUAAGGAAAGUUUGUGUAGGGAAAGUUGCGUUGUUCAGUCUUGUUGAAAGUGUAUUAGAAAUCUUUGCCAUCACAUCUACAAAAUAUAUAGUGACCAGG